GCUGCGUCGCCAUGUUUCUCGCGCCGGCGCCGACUACCUCCGGCGCCUCUCCCCCAAAUCCCAAUGCCGUCCUCUGCCACAAUCCAAACAAUGGCGGACCCCUCAACGGUGGUGGAUUCCGACCGCCUCUGUCGACAACCGAAGCCGCCGAGUGCCCAGUCCUUCCUCAGCCAUCCGCAACGACUCGGGCCCUUCUUCUGACCAGCAUCCUCCUCCCCGUGCUCUCCGAGGGCCCCGAUUAAUGGCGUCCGUCGACGACGCUGCCGCUCGCGGUGGCUCCUCCUCCCUGUGCUCACAUACCCGUCAUAUUUACGCGUUGCGAGAUUAUCGAAGAGGCCUCUAUAUUCAACGAGGCACAUCAACUUAGCUGAAAUCAUUUCCGACUUCUCGGAUACACAGCUGCGGAUACAUAUGAGGUGGGAGACAACAUUCGGGUGUGUACAGCAAUUUUAGAUACUCCCACUGGGACUCGCUCAAGUGCCACUACUUUUGCUUAAUCUAUUCGUCGGCAGUUGGCACCUACGGAUGCUACUAGUUAAUUAAACGAGCAAUGACAAUAAGCACCCAACGGGCAGCUCGCCAAUCUCUUUCACAAGACCAUCGCAGCUGGCCGCCUUUGUAGACUAUGCUGUGCAACCAACCAUAUCCUGCAUUUUUUUUACUCAAUCAUGGAGGAGGGGGUGGCUUUAGUAGCUAGUAUUGUUUGUAAUUGGUGUCCAACGAAACCAGUCCGUAUUUGCUCUUCUUGCUUGACUCCAGUAGAUAUGCUGCUAUUGGGUCUGGUAGGGUACCAGGAAAUCAAGAAUAGAAUUUGAAGUAUUCGUCAGUCCUUUCCUGUUGGUCCACUGAUCGCUGAUUGAACUUAUCAAGUGUGGAGACAGAAAAUGGUUCGUGCUAAUGCACACCGCGCUGCUCUCCCCUUGCUGUGCUCUCAUCAGUGGCUUAUCAGCUUAAUUACCUGCCCGUAUUCAGCCUUCAGUUUUUUGCCACUCUGGAUCUCUGGGUCAGAGUUUGUCUGGUCGAUGGCAACCAUACUAGAUUCUUUGCUUAGAUCAUGUGCCAAUAAGUUGCAAGAUAUCAUUACUAAUGAGGCCAUACUAAUCCUACGGGUGGAAAAAGAGCUCGCAGAAGUGCUGCGACGAGUAGAACUAAUACGGUGCUGUAUUGCUGAUGCUGAGAAAAGGAGGACAAAAGAUCUAGCAGUAAACAAUUGGCUUGGUCAACUAAGUGAUAUUAUCUACGAUGUUGAUGAGCUCUUGGACGUGGCUAUAUGUAAAGGAAGCAAGCUACUGCCUGACCAUACUUCAUCAUCAUCAAGCAAAUCAGCUGCAUGUAAAGGCCCUUCAGUUUUCUCUUGCUUUUGUAACAUCGGGCCACGUCGUAAUGUUGCUGUUCGGAUUAGAAGCCUCAACAAGAAGAUAGAGAACAUUUCAAAGGACAAGAUAUUUUUAACAUUCAACAGGAGUAGUACACAACCUACUGGAAAUGGUUCAACAUCCAAACUGAUAAGAAGUUCCAACCUUGUUGAGCCCAACCUUGUGGGAAAGGAGAUCAGACAUUCGAGCAGGAAGUUGGUGGACUUAGUGCUUGCACACAAGGAAAGUAAGUCUUACAAGAUCGCUAUUGUUGGAACAGGAGGAGUUGGCAAGACAACACUUGCUCAGAAAAUUUACAAUGACCAAAAAAUAAAAGGAAGCUUCAACAUGCGUGCAUGGGUUUGUGUUUCACAAGACUGCAAUGAAGUUACUCUUCUGAAAGAGAUUCUCAGAAAUAUUAAUGUGCAUCAUGAGGAAGGUGAAACCAUCGGAGAGCUGCAAAGAAAGCUUGCAGAAACAAUUGAAGGCAAGAGUUUCUUUCUUGUUCUGGAUGAUGUGUGGCAGUCCAAUGUAUGGACGGAUUUGCUAAGAACUCCGUUACAUUCUACAUCUGCGGGACUAGUAUUGGCAACAACAAGAGAUGAUAAAAUUGCAAUGAUAAUAGGUGUAGAGGAUAUCCAUCGAGUUGAUCUCAUGUCAGUAGAGGUGGGAUGGGAGCUACUUUGGAAGAGUAUGAACAUCGAUGACGAGAAAGAAGUGCAGCAUUUAAGAAACAUAGGGAAUGAGAUCGUUCGUAAAUGCGGUCGCCUCCCUCUUGCUAUCAAGGCCAGGACUAACGGUGCAAUUCAUCGCUUCGAGGGGCAAAUCGUGAGACGUUCCAAGUUGAGGAAGCUUGUCAGGGUUGAAGAUGUGCAAGUACGUCCUUUAUGUGUAGCGAUCGAGCUGGUGAAGGAAGUGUCCUGUUUUAUUUUUAUUUUGGACAGAUUGAUGCCCUGAAUUUGCAUCGAAUUACGUUUUGUUGCUUGCUGAACUUGAGCUGGAGGCCAUUCAGCCUUUUGCUCUACUAACUGUGUGGCACGGUCUUGUUCUUUGAAUUGAACCGACGAAUUCCGUUUAAUUUCUUUCU